UUACUGUUUCUUAGCAAGUCAAAUGUAGUUAGACUCUAAUCGUAUAUUUUUAAUGGAGAUAUUAGGCAGCACCUUUGAUGACUCCGUGUUUGAAGAAGCUAGAGAUAAGGUCUGCAUUCCUCUUCCGUCCUACACUGCAAAAGUCUGUGAACCAGAGUGGUUUUGUGAACGAGUGACCACAGAGGAUGAGUUGGAGACGCAGAAAGUCUUCAAAUUUCGUGCAGAUCUGGCGUACAGUCGAAAAGAGUACCAGAAAUCUCUGGAUGAUUACUCCACCUGCCUCUCCUUGGUGCCCGAGGGAAACCUCACUAUAAGACGCGACAUACUCGAGGGCCAGGCGCGAUGCUACUGUUACCUGGGCAUGCGUGACCAGGCCCUGGAGGUCAUCGACAAACUUAGGAAGGAGGCCACCAACACUUGCCACCUCACCUGUGUUUUAAACCUGGAGCUGACCCUCCAUCGCCACUUUGGGGACCUCAGCAAGGAGGUCAGGAUCUUGCAGCAGCUUGUCUCGCUGCAUCCAUACAAUCCCUGGCACUGGAAGAGUUUGGCAGGGGACUAUCUCAGACUCUUUCGGUCCCACUUGGCUGUCUCCUGCUCUGGCGUCUGUCUCUGUGGAGACGGACGUGAACAGGGAGGAGACCGUGAGGGUGCUCAAACCCUUCCAGAAGGGACUGCUCAAAACUCACGGGGAGGUCCCGAGCAGCUUGUGGAGGAUGGGGAACAUCGUUCAGGGUUGGACCUGGUGCAGCAAGACAUUGCAGGCAUCCACAGGACAAGGGAAUGGAUCAGCACAGCAGUGCAGGAUCAAUGCAAGGAGCGGGAGAGGGCGUGGCUACAGGCCUGCAUGUGCUUCAUCAGAACCAGGCUCUUGCUCCGGAUGUUGAGGGUCCAGCAGUCAUCCUUUGUGCUUCAGAGAAAUAGGGAGGCCUUGCAGGAGGUCGAGGAGGCGCUGGAAUGUUUGGAACCAAAGGAGGCAAUGCUCCAACUGAUCACCGAGGCAAUGGGGAGAGACCUGGUGGCGGAGAGGAUGAGAGAGGACAGCCAAGAUGGGGAGAGCUUGGCGGGCCUGUGCAUUUCGGACUUUGAGGAGAGGUGGUACAACAGCGUAGAGAGCGCGGUCCUGCAGGCUCGUUCAGAGUAGAGGAAAGGUGAUGAUGGUGACAACUGCAAGGGUUGCCAAGUCUCACUGCCUCACUUGAGCGCAGACUCAGCUCAGACACCACUUCCUCCAUUUGACACUGGGCAAAAUGCACACAAAUGCUAAAUACAGGAUGUGGGUGGGCCAGAGGAUGAGCUUUAAGUGUUGAAUGUACAAUUUUAUUAUUCUUGUUUGGUAUA